GAGCGAUGCGCUGUUCUCGCGAGAGUUGAGCUGAAGCUGGCAGCGCCAUCUUGAAGUCGGGAGAGGCCGUGUCCCUUUUCUGCUCCUAGGGGCUAAUAGCAAAGGGGAUGGGGGCCGGGCAGUGACUGAGUUAGCUGGGUCCCUGCGCUCCUCUUCUGUGCGUGCUGGAGCGGAGCAGGUGGCCGCCGGCGGGGGAGAAUGGUGCAGUCCUGCUCCGCCUACCGCUGCCGGAACCGAUACGACAAAGAGAAGCCUAUCUCCUUCCACAAGUUUCCUCUCACGAGACCUGAUCUCUGCAAAAAAUGGGAAGCUGCUGUUAAAAGAAAAAACUUCAAACCAACAAAGUAUAGCAGCAUUUGUUCAGAACACUUUACUCCAGAUUGCUUUAAAAGAGAGUGCAACAACAAGCUACUGAAAGAAAAUGCUGUGCCCACAAUAUUUUGUUACACUGAACCCAGUGAGAAGGUAAAGACUGAAGAAUUUACAGAGCAACCCGAAGAUCUGUCUGCCGCACCACCACCCCCUCCACCACCCCCUACUCUGCUACCACCUGCCCCACCGCAGCCUUCCUUUCCUUUGUCUCAAAUAGAUGCAAGAUUGGUAGAUCCAAGUAUUGGAUUAUUAAUGCCUCCUCUCCAGACCCCUAAUAAUCUUGCCGUUUUCUGUGAUCACAACUAUACUGUAGAGGAUACAGUACAUCAAAGAAAGAGAAUUCAGCAGCUGGAGGAACAAGUUGAAAAACUGCGAAAGAAGCUCAAGACAGCGCAGCAGCGAUGCAGACGUCAGGAAAGACAGAUUGAAAAACUGCGAGAGAUCGUUCAGUUUCAGAAGGAAAAAGACAUAGUGGCAGGAAAAGGCUAUGUGAUUCUACCUAAUGACUAUUUUGAAAUCGUGGAAGUACCUGCAUAAAAACAUUGACGUUCAUUUCAAAGGGGCAGUGCCAAAUAGCCUCUUCAGAUUAACACAGAAAUUCAGUUUAAAAAUGAAUGCUCUCUAAUUGUGUGUAAAACCAUUCUAAAAAUAAUAAAGAAGCUAUAAAAUACUCAA